AUGGCCAAAGAGAGCGGCCUGAUAAGCCCCAAUGAUUUUGCCCAGCUGCAAAAAUACAUGGAAUACUCCACCAAGAAGGUCAGUGAUGUCCUAAAGCUCUUUGAGGAUGGUGAAAUGGCUAGAUAUGUCCAAAAAGAUGCCAUUGGGUAUGAGGGAUUUCGACAAUUCCUGAAAAUCUAUCUGGAAGUGGAUGAUGUUCCCAGUCACCUAAGCUUGGCACUGUUUCAAUCCUUCCAGACUAGUCACUCCUUAGAAGAGACUGUAAAAAAAGAUAUGGUCUGUCUCAGCGAUGUCUCCUGCUACUUUUCCCUUCUGGAGGGUGGCCGACCAGAAGACAAGCUAGAAUUCACCUUCAAGCUGUACGACAUGGACAGAAAUGGGAUCCUGGACAGCUCAGAAGUGGACAAAAUCAUCACACAGAUGAUGCGAGUGGCUGAAUACCUGGAUUGGGAUGUGUCUGAACUGAAGCCGAUCCUUCAGGAAAUGAUGAAAGAGAUUGACUACGAUGGCAGUGGCUCUGUCUCCCUAGCUGAGUGGCUCCGGGCUGGGGCCACUACCGUGCCACUGCUAGUGCUGCUGGGUCUGGAGAUGACCCUGAAGGACAAUGGGCAGCACAUGUGGAGACCUAAAAGGUUCCCCCGACCAGUCUACUGCAACCUGUGCGAGUCAAGCAUUGGCCUUGGCAAACAGGGCCUGUGCUGUAACCUCUGUAAGUACACCGUUCACGACCAGUGUGCCAUGAAGGCCCUGCCUUGUGAAGUCAGCACCUAUGCCAAGUCUCGGAAGGACAUUGGUGUCCAAUCACAUGUGUGGGUGCGAGGAGGCUGUGUAUCUGGAAGAUGCGACCGUUGUCAGAAAAAAAUCCGGAUCUACCACGGUCUCGUUGGGCUGCAUUGUGUGUGGUGCCACCUAGAGAUCCAUGAUGACUGCCUGCAGGCUGUGGGCCAUGAGUGUGACUGUGGGCUGCUCCGGGAUCACAUCUUGCCCCCAUCUUCCAUCUAUCCCAGUGUCUUGGCCUCUGGACAGGAGCAAAGAGGUAGCAAAACAAGCCAGAAGUACGCGGAUGAAUUAACCUUGAGCACAUUUGAGGCUCUGCGGAUUGACCCUGUUGCAAACACCCACCCACUUCUGGUCUUUGUCAACCCUAAGAGUGGUGGGAAGCAGGGAGAGAGGGUGCUUUGGAAAUUCCAGUAUCUGCUAAACCCUCGACAGGUGUUCAACCUCCUAAAGGAUGGUCCUGAGCCAGGGCUUAGAUUCUUCAGAGAAGUUCCUGAUUGCCGGAUUUUGGUGUGUGGUGGAGAUGGCACAGUAGGCUGGAUCCUUGAGACCAUUGACAAAGCCAACUUGCCUGUUGUGCCUCCUGUUGCUGUGUUACCCCUGGGCACCGGAAAUGAUCUAGCUCGUUGUCUAAGAUGGGGAGGAGGCUAUGAGGGACAGAAUUUGGGGAAGAUCCUCAAGGAUUUAGAGACCAGUAAAGUGGUACAUAUGGAUCGAUGGUCUGUGGAAGUGAUACCCCUACAAACUGAAGAAAAGUGUGACCCAGUCCCCUUUCAUAUCAUCAAUAACUACUUCUCCAUUGGUGUGGACGCCUCUAUUGCUCACCGAUUCCACAUGAUGCGAGAGAAAUAUCCUGAGAAGUUCAACAGCAGAAUGAAGAACAAGCUAUGGUAUUUUGAAUUUGCCACAUCUGAAUCCAUCUUCUCAACAUGCAAAAAGCUGGAGGAGUGUUUGACAGUUGAGAUCUGUGGGAAACCACUGGAUCUGAGUUCCCUAUCUCUAGAAGGCAUUGCAGUCCUGAACAUUCCUAGCACGCAUGGUGGAUCCAACCUCUGGGGUGAUACCAAGAGGCCCCAUGGGGACACCCAUGGGAUCAACCAGGCCUUAGGUUCUGCAGCUAAAGUCAUCACUGACCCUGACAUCCUGAAAACCAGUGUACCAGACCCAACUGACAAGCGGCUGGAAGUGGUAGGGCUGGAGGGUGCAAUUGAAAUGGGCCAGAUCUACACCAAGCUCAAAAAUGCUGGACGUCGGCUGGCCAAGUGCUCGGAGAUCACCUUCCACACCACGAAAACCCUUCCCAUGCAAAUUGAUGGAGAACCAUGGAUGCAGUCGCCCUGUACGAUCAAGAUCACCCACAAGAACCAGAUGCCCAUGCUCAUGGGCCCACCCCCCCGCUCCUCCAAUUUCUUUGGCUUCUUGUGUUGA